AUGACUCCAGUACCUACUCAGUUGGUAGGGUCGUUCCUGGUGCUACCAUGUUGGGAGUUUUCUGGUGACUUUGCAGCUGAGCAAUCGCCAGCUGUUGUGCUUAACAGCGAGGCCAAUGCCCUCACAAACCUGGGAUCAUCUGUUGAUGAAUAUGAUCUACUUCCCGGGGCUGUUGUCCAGCUAUCCAAAUCAGUGGUCGAGAAAGAUCUGAAGGAAUCGAGGGCCCUGCAAAUCAAAGCAGCCCGGUUAUCGCUCGACGAAAACGGGAUUCUUUACAGAAGAACUUUCGAUGGCCCCCUAGCAUUUUGUCUGGGUCUGGGAGACACAGAUUAUGUACUCCGAGAAAUUCACGAGGGUACUUGCGAAAACCACUUCGGCACCGAUUCCUUAGUUCGAAAUGUGAUCAGGGCAAUCUACUACUGGGACAACAUGGAAAAAGACACCAUGGAAUUUGUCUGA